GGCAGUUAAAGUGCAGAGGAGGAGGACGCUCAGUAUUAAACAGUAUAAAGUGCAGGGGUCCUGUAUUCAGGUUAGCAACAGUGUCUGAAGAGCUCUGCCCAUCAUGACUGUUCUAAUCAGCUCCGUUCUGGUUUUUCUCAGCCUGCUGGCCGUCCACCAGGCUGCUGACCCAAAUUGUGAGGAUCUCAUAAAGCCACGGGUGCUGGAGGAUAACAAUUCAACAUGAAGACUGUAGGAUUUCCUCCAUGAACAUAACUUUCAAAAACAGCACCUUUUAUGCUUCUGUAAAUAAUGUAACGAUAGUGAUCGAUUUACUGCCAUCUUGUUCUGACUGCAUCACCAUGAGCCUCCAGAGACAGAUGGAGAAUAUGACGAUGAGGUCCCUUUUCCUCUUGAGUAAGUGACCUUGCUUCUUUCUUCAACAGAGGUUUGUUGGUCAGCUGUUCAGGGGGUUAUUUUAGCUAUAAACCGCUGACCAAGUCAUUACCAAACCCUAAACACUGAGUACUGACAACUUGUCAAACAAACUGCUCUACUAUAACCAAAAAGACUUUGAAGAACAUUACAGUCACAAGUAUUGAGACACAUUUAUUUGUAUUAUUUAAUAUACUUCCAGUGCAUAUAUACACUUUAAAUUUACACACAUAAUUUAAAUUUGACUCUGUACUUCAAAAUAUGAACAGAAAUAAAUGUAUUCAUAAACAUAUACAAAGAUAUGUUUAAAUAACAAAAUUAACUGGAAAAAAGAAAAAAUGUGUAUAUGUAAAUGCAAACUGCAUUUGCUUAAGUAUGUUGUCAUUGGUUGUGAAGGUACUGGGAGAUAUUGGUGGAGAAUUGAAUCUUAUCAACCAAAAACAUUUCAACAAGGCAACGGACCCAAAUACACAGCCAAAAUAACUCAGGGCUGUUGAAGCUGUAAGUGCUUGCAUGGCCUAGUCAAUCUGAUCAUGAAUUCCAUAAAAAAUUUGUAGAUGAUUUUCAAUUUUGAUCAAACUAUUGCUUUAAGCCAGUGUUUCUCAAAUACUGGGCCGCAAAGCACCCUCUAGUGGUCUCUGGGCCUAUACUGAAGGAGACCCAGUGGUCCUGUCUUGGCUGGUGAUGACACUUUGUGUCAUGAAACUCUGUAAAAAAAUUGACUUAAUAAUAAUAAAUAUUAAAUGUUAUAAAUAAUGUAUACAAUAUUAACACAAUACCUGAAACAACACUUUCUUACUCUGCCUACCUCAAUGGACUCGUCCGCUUGUGAGGGACUGGUAUAAAAGCAAAGAGACCCAAAGCAUCUGAGUCAGAGAUGGAUCUGUACUGGAAGCAAGCUGAGUGUCUCGGGUUCAAAAGAGAACCACAGUUCUCCUACGAUGGUGUUACAGGUCUCUGUCAUGUUGACGAGAGUCAUUCAUCUGAAAGCCACACUAAACCGGAACCGGAAAAAAAGAUGAAUAAAUAGUUCAUCACGAUUCCUCCAUUCUUGUUACUUAUUGAUGUAUCAGUAACUUUUUUGUUCUUUUUCUGAAAGUCUGUCAUUAAAGGUAAUUAAUUGUACGAAGCAAUAUAGUUCUCCAUACAUUUUGCUAGUUUUCUCAGUGCAGCAUGUGUUUAUGCAAAAUGAUCAUUUUGAGUUGAUAAGGAAUCUUGUGUGUAGUAGGCCUGAUGUCAAUACUUCAAGGCCUGGGUGGUUGGUGUCCAGCACAGUAUGGUGAUUUUGCUUGUCCGGCACACCUGAUUCAGCCCAUUCAAUAAUCACAGGUUUAGUAGAUUCAUUAGGCAGAUAAACCACAAAAGUACUGGACUCUGGUCUUCCAGGAUUAGAUUUGGGAUACCGUGCAGUGCAGCUUUGGAAUAGUAAUGGGAAGUGUGAUUCAGUUUUAACAAACCAAUUUAUCUGUUUCAAUUAAACAACUCAUUUUUGCACAACUUUAUUCUUUAUUACUAUUUUUUUCUUGUCUCCCUCAUAUAUCCAGUUUUAUGUGAAUGUAACUGGUCAGAAAGGUCACAGACGAACGGACGAACAAACACUGUCCGUGUAUAGAACUGGCCACAGGCAGCGACAGAGCUUUGAGACCUGGGUGUGGCGGUCUGCAAGGCCUGGAUUUAAAUAAAGGAGAAGUAGAAAGGCAGCAGCUGACAGGUAGAGGGAGGUGGAGCCGCGCUGUGAGAGGUGGCGUGUGGGAGGAUGAAUGGAUGACAUUCGUCUGAUUCCUCACUUCAUCAGGUCGCUUCGGCUGAACCGGUUCUGCCUCAUUCGGGAGGAUUUGGGUUUAAGAGCACCGACAUGAGCGGAGCUGGAGCUGAAGCUGAGGCGGAGGCGCGUUUCCUGCUCUGUUUUUAAGCUGCGCUGUGGCCGGACUCUGUGUGGAGUGAGAUGAGGGGGCGGUAUGGCAAACUUAUACCACUGACCCUCAGUCUCUGCGGGUGCGUGUUCGUACUGACCUCCUGGCGCGCGGCUCAACACGAAACGAGAGAAGGGGAACUCCGAAAGGUCUAUGAGAGGCUGGUGAAAGCAGAGCAACGUGGAGAGGCCUUGUCAGUCAAACUGCUGCAAGUGCUGGAGGACCUGCAGAACUUGACCAUCGCUAGUAAUAAUGUCACUUCCAACAACUCCUCAGUUAAAUGGCCAGAAACGAGUGCCAUUUUGCGCUUUUUGCCUGUACAGCCCAAUGCACUCCUGUACCUGCCUCACCUGAGAGAGCACCAAGACAGCCUGAAGCCCAUUGUUCACCUGGGCCAGAGACGCAGUGGAGUAUCUCUAGUGCUCGGCGUACCCACAGUGCGCAGACAGAAGCAGAGUUACCUGGUGAACACAGUGAGCUCUCUUAUCUUUGACCUCACACCAGAACAGAAGAAUGACGUCGUCAUCGUCGUCUUUGUUGCCGAGACUGACGAUGUGUUUGUGAGCAGCGUGGCAGAGAGCAUUCAAAAGAGUUUCCCCGAUGAUGUGAAGUCGGGCCUGAUUGAAGUCAUCUCCCCCUCCCCCUACUACUACCCAGACUUCACCAACCUGAAGGAAACCUUCGGCGACACGAAAGAGAGAGUCAAAUGGAGGACCAAGCAAAACCUGGACUACAGUUUCCUUAUGCUGUAUGCUCAACAUAAGGGCACGUAUUACGUUCAGCUGGAGGAUGAUAUUGUGGCAAAGUCAGGAUACUCUGAAACUAUAAAGGGCUACGUCCAACAGGUGAUCACAGAGCGGUGGCUCUACCUGGAGUUUUCACAACUGGGAUUUAUUGGUAAGCUUUUCCGAGCUUCAGAUUUACCCAGGAUUGUGGAGUUUAUUCUGAUGUUCCACAAAGACAAGCCCAUUGACUGGCUGCUGGAUCACAUCCUCUGGGUCAAAGUGUGUAACCCAGAGAGGGAUGCUAAACACUGCAGUAACGAGAAGGCCAAACUAAAGCGCACCUUCAAACCCUCUCAGUUUCAGCACGUGGGUCUGCACUCCUCCCUGCCUGGCAAAAUACAGAACCUCAAAGACAAAGACUUUGGGAAGCAAAUUCUGUUCAAGGCCCACUCCAACCCUGCUGCUGUUUUGAGCACCAGUCUGAAGGAUUAUCAGGGUCACUCCUUGGACAAGGCUUACCGGGGACAAGACUUCUUCUGGGGUCUCACUCCUACCAAAGGAGAUCAUGUUCUCAUCACCUUCACCCAGCCUCAGACCAUCAAAGGGUACUUCUUUCGAAGUGGAAAUAUUGAGACGAAUGGAGAUAAGUUUUACAACACCACCGUGGAGGUGCUGCCUAAUGACGCCUCUGUGAGAGAGCAGGUGGAAAAAGGACAGCUCUCCUGCUGUAGACCUUCCUCCGAUGGCUUUGCGGUGAUAGGCUCCUUCGUGAACGGAAUAGCUGAGGGAGAGGUUGAUGGAGCGCUGCGUGAGAUAGCCGCCAUGCGACUCCUCGUUCAUUCCGACUCGGACGUCUGGGUACUUUUGAGCGAGAUCUUCAUUAAAGUUUGAUGAGCAGUGAAGAUGGGAGAAAGCAGAGAGCAGGAUCGACUCUCAGCAUAACAGCACACCCUGCUGGUCAGGAGGCAUCCCCUAGCAACACUCCAGGGACAAGCAGCGUCACUUUGCAUCUCUCAGUGGACAUGUUCCCAAAUGAAAUGAGAUCUUUGUCUCUUUUCAGCAGUUUUUGCAUAGUCUGGCACAUAGGAUGAAUAGAUGGCAUUUAUAGGUAUGUGCUUUGCCAACUGCACAGCUUUAUUUGAAGAAUGACUGAAUGGAAAGUUCUUGAUAUGAGUACAGCAACUGUAAUAAAGUAAAACAUUUAGACAGUGGUGUAUCGAAUCACUGAAGCACAACAGUGUAAGAGGAAGGGUAGGGGUAGGUGGACACUCUAGGGACCCUAAACCUUUCACCUGUUUGUGGUUUUCCUUGAUCUACCCGUCUGCCGCACCUGCCUCAGCACAUGAAUCGCUUGAUUAAUGCCUGAUUUUAAGCUAGGUUGGUGUUAUAGAGCAGGCACGUCAAAGGAGCGCGACUGAGAACAAACCUGCUGGCUACUGAAAGGAAACAUGAAUCACCUUUUGAAUGAAGUACUCCAUUACGUACACUUUUUAAUAUUUAUUUUUAAUGGUUUUGUGCUCUUUAUUUAAUGCUCUCCCACUACUGAACAACCCCAGAUGUCAUUUAUAAAUAAUUUCCUGACUUGUCCUGGAAACACAAUGUAUUUUUCUCCAUCUGUUAUUAUAAUGGAAUUUAUUGACAGAUCAGAUGCAUUAAUAACCAUUCAAAUCAACCAUAAAGCCCAACACCAGACUGACGCUUAAAGCUUGACCAUUCAUUCCCACGUCACUUCCACAGCCCUGACGUUAUCUGUACUGGAUGAUUAAAAUUAUUUUUUGACUAUA